GUAAAAUCUACAGUUUGAGAGGAAAUGUCAUCAUCAAAAUAACGUCACAUUGAUAUUUGAUAUAAAAUUUCUUGUUAAAUUAUCAUGUAAAAAAAGGAAAAAGCGAAAAUUAUAAAUAAAAGUAAAAUCAUAAAAUUUAAAAUGAUCAAUUGUGUUCCGUUACUGAUUCUGUGUCCAAGUUUCAAACUGUUUUGUUUCCUAAUACCAUGUGCGACUUUACUCGGCAUGAUGGGUGUCUACGUAGGAGGGUUGUUCUCUUACUUUUCCGACGUGGCAUACACUAAACUCAAUACUAUGGUAAACACAACUUCAUUGUAAACCAUUAGGUAUGACAUGAUGAUGUCGUCUAGGAGACAAUGUUGUCACAGCAACAAACAGCUUUGUCAACUGACGCGAUGUCGACCGACGAAGAAAAGUCCAAAAUAAAUAAACUAUUGCAAGGAUUAGAAGUGCCGGAAGUUAAAUUAUCGGAAAGAUGUUCAGCGAUUGUGAAAGACUUCCACCAAAGGUUUGGUAAUGAAGUGGAAGCUGAAAGUCGUGAAGACAAAUUUGAGAAUGAUUUUAAUGAGAAUCCUUACAAAGUUGACAAGAAAUUACUCGAGGAAAAUGAAAAGAAGUUAAAGGAAUUACUAACAGAAGGUAAACUCGCUAAGAAGGCUCAUUCGGAGAGUAUGCUUCUAAGUGGAGCAGAUCCGAAACGACCAUGGCGAACGAACUCUAGCAAAGAGAAGCUUCAUCGUGUAGAUAGUGAGCUGAAGCGACACAUGGAGAAGGCAGCGCAACUUGUCGUUCCACUACCUGAACACGAAAUGCAGAAUCUCGUCCAAGAAUGUCGGGAUGAAGGCCGCGUGGCGCCCUCUGUAGGCGCUAAUCGACUUCGAGACACAGUGGAGGCGGCUAGAAAAAAUCUACCUAAUUUUCAGUAUAGAAAUAUCGAAAACUCAACAGCGACUACAAUAAUGCCGAGAGCACAUAGUUGCGGAUCUAAAGGAUCAACACCAAAGGAAUCGCCCAAAUUGGACUGAAUAUACUUAAGAUUGUAAAGUAUGUGGAAUAAACAUUGUUUAUUUUUAUUUGACAA